AUGAAAAGAAGUAUAUAUUUUUGUUUUGUUAAGUUUUUUCUAUGUAAAAUUUUAGUAUACACAGUUUUAUAUCCUCAUAAUAUUACCUUUGCUAUUUAUCCUGAAAACGAAAUAAAGCAAGAUGGCUCGUUAAAACUUGAAACAAGAAUAUCGCCAGUUGAUCAUUGGGGAAAAAGGGAACAGGGUUCAAAAGAAUUGGGAAACUGUACAAAAUUAAAGAAUAAAUAUUCGCAGAAUGAAGAAAAAGAAAGGAAGGAAGUGAACAUAAGGCCCUUGAAGGAAAGAAUUUUUAUAGAUGCAUUGAAAAGGAAGUUUAUGUUAAAUGAACUAAAGAGUUCAUUAUUGCUUAGACCAAAUAUAAUAGAAUCAAAGUUAAGAAGACUGGAAAAAACGUUGAUAGGAAAUAAUUUAAUAUCAGAAUCCAAAAUGAAUGAAGUAAAGGAAGUUUUAUCUGAAAGUGAAUCAAUGGAAACAAGAAAUAUCAUGAAGGUGUUAAAAGAAAAUUUAUUAAAUAACCAAUUAAUAAGAAAUUUAAUGUUAAAAGAAAUAGAAGAUAUUCUAUUAGGAAAUGAAUUGUGUACAGAAUUCAUUUUAAACGUAUUAAAUAAAAAAAUCCUGAAUAACAGAGUAGCUUAUUUGUCUGUUUUAAAUGAGUAUGAAAAAAUUAUAUUAGACAACAAUUUAAUUGAAGAAUCAAAAUUAAAAGUUUUAAAAGAUGUUCUGUUAAGUGAUAAACCAAUAACAGAACCACAAUUAUAUGAAUUAAAAUUGUUGUUACUUAAUACAUUAUAUAAUAUUUCUAAUUCGACUAAUAAUGAAAAAACAGAAGACAAGCAUUUCAGCAAUGAUGUUCCUAAAUCAAACACUUAUAGUUUUUCUCAAAAUUAUGUUUCUCCAAGGGGCAUUAACUUAACUCAUCAUAAUAACAUUUUGCCAGAUGUUUACUAUGUCAGAAGUAAUAAUACACCAUUAAGAACGGAACCAUACAAUAUAAGUGAUAUAGUAAAAAGAAAUAAUAUAAAAAACAGAGAGAAUAUAUCUAUAAGAAGCAACUCAACAAAGAGAAUUGGUUCAAAAUAUCAAAAUGUUGUAAUGAAAAAAGAUGACAUAAUAAAGACGAGCAAUCUAGCAAACAAAAAAUUAUUUUUUCCAAAAAAUGAUGUUAUAGAAAAUAUUAGGGGAAUAAAUAGAAGGAAAGUAUUACCAAAAAAUUAUUUAUUAAAGAAAACUGAUGUUGCAGAUACUGAGAAAUACACAACAAAGUAUCGUUCCGAGGAUAAAAUUGUUACGAUCAUCAAGCCAAAUGACAAGUUAUCGAAAAAUGAUUCUGCAGACAAAUCGGAUAAAAGUAAGAUUGAAGAAGUCAAGAAAAGAAAACAAUGGACAAUAGAAAUACAUAUGUGUGAUAAGAAAAGAAAAGAUGAUAUGAUAAAGGGAGGGGAAAAGAAAACUGUAACAAGCAUUUAUAUGUGUGAUAAAAACAAAAAAAGUAAAUUAAUUGAUACCCAUGAUUCUAUAAAAAAAGGGGAUGAAAAAAAAGAAGAAAAUAUUAGAACAGAAAAGAAGUUCACUAUAGAUAUACAUAUGAAUGAAAAGAAGAAGAGAAAACCACUCGUAAAAAAAAAAACAUGGGUAAUUAAAACCAUUAUGAAACGUGAUAUUUCAAAGAGGCUUAAUAUAUUAAGAGAAUUAUAUAACUCGAAUGAAAUUGAUGUAGAUAUGAGGGAUGACGUAUACGGAAAGAUAGAAAAAGAACUUUUCCAAAAUGUCCUUACAUAUGUUAAAAUAAAACCUAAUACAAGAAAGAGACUAUUUAAAAGACUUGCUAUUUAUGCAUUAACACCAGUACUUGCAAUAUCUGGAAUUAUAGGCUUUUCAAUAGGGCUUCAUAUAGCACUGGGUGUAGAUCUUUUCUUGGAUUCUACAGCAGUCGGAUUGAAAGAAACUGCCGGGAAAAUUGCAGAAGCUGCACCUGAAAUUUUAAAUGAUGUGGGAACUUGUGCCGUAGAGGUACUGGAGAGUGGUGCAACAAGCAUAUCUUUAUGGGGCCUUUUUGCCGAUAUUGUAACGACUGGCUUAUCAUGCGUUGCUAAAACUACAGCAAAAGCGGUAAAUAUCGUUGCUGAAGCUUCACUUGAUGGCAUGGCUGCAGGUACUGCAUAUGGUACAACUUAUGGUGUUAUGCAAUACUUAUUUCCUCCAUUAAUUGGUAUAUCCUUUUCAGUCCUUAUACUCAUUCUUUAUAGAGUAAUCUUAUUUCUAUAUAAAAAAGGUAAGCUGGAAGGUUUUGGCAGAUUCGUAAGAAGGUGUAAGAAUUUAACAAAGAGGAAAUAUAAUAAAUUUAAGAGAAUAACAAAAUGGUAA